AUGUCGUCGUCCACUUCGGCUUCUGCCUCCGACUCUGCUUCAUCGUCGGCAUCGGAUUCGGCCUCGGUGUCUGCCUCUGUCACAGCUUGGAUUCAGCUUCGGUUCGACCAGAAGAUACUCAUCCUCGCACGCGAUGCCGGUGGCAUUCUGGCCGGUGCCAACGGCCUCCAGGUCUAUGGCAUCCCGUACGAGCAGCUCUUAGUGCCGCAGGAGGGCGCCGUGCUCCCAGUACUCAACAACACGCCGACGCACGGCCGCUACUCGGGCAUUAUCAUCAUGGACGCCCUGGCCUACUCCUACCAGGUAUCGUUCAACAUCCGCAUGGUCCGUAUCAACGAGCACCCCGGCCCGUCUUUCGGCGUCUCGCUCGCCGGCGGUGGAUGCUGCAAUGCCGGCGUCACGCAGCCUGUCAGCCUCAUCGACACGUCCAAUUACUCCUCGGCCAACGUCAAGGUGGGGGCCACGGUCUCCUCCCAGGGCCUUUACCACUAA